CUUCUUCAAUCCACCCCUGAACCCUAUCCUACGCUAGCAUCAACUCCACCACCGCCGACCAUCCCUCUCCUCCCUCAGAUGCCCCCGGAAUGAGCCACCAUGACGACUCCUCCGCCGCGCCCGCCGCGCCAGACCGCGUAGCAGCAGCCCCUCCGACCUCCGACCUCCGCUACGCCCGCUACGAUGGAUCCCGCGAGGACGAAUACGUCGCGGCCAUGCGCCAGCUCAUCUCCAAGGACCUCUCCGAGCCCUACAGCAUCUACGUCUACCGCUAUUUCCUCUACCAGUGGGGCGACCUCUGCUUCAUGGCCAUGGACGACUCGCGGGCCGACGACCCCAUGGUCGGCGUCGUCGUGUCCAAGCUGGAGCCGCACCGCGGCGGGCCCCUGCGGGGGUACAUCGCCAUGCUGGCGGUGCGCGAGGAGUUCCGGGGCCGCGGCAUUGCGACCAAGUUGGUGCGCAUGGCGAUUGAUGCGAUGAUCGAGCGGGAUGCGGACGAGAUUGCUCUCGAAACCGAAAUCACCAACACGGCCGCCAUCAAGCUCUACGAACGACUCGGCUUCCUGCGCAGCAAGCAGCUGCAUCGCUACUACCUGAACGGCAACUCGGCCUAUCGAUUGGUGCUCUACCUGAAGGAGGGCGUGGGGUCGCUGAGGACGGAAUUCGAUGCGUACGGCCCUUCAGUGCCGGAAAUGAGCGGUGCAGUCCCUGCUCCGCCGCCGCCGGCGUUGUUGCAUGGAAACGGCAGUGGAUAGGCGUCCACUUCUUUUAGAUAUACGCAUUUAUGACAAUAGAUUGGAUGACUUGAUGACCAUAUUCGCCUCAGAAAUGAUACAACUGUGCAGUUUCUACUCUCUCUCUCUCUCUCUCUCUCUCUCUCUCUCUCUCUCUCUCUCUCUCUCUCUAUGUACAGGACAUGGCGGGGAGGGUCACGGCGGAGCUUUGAGCGGCGUUAUAAUAUACAGGUAUCUAGCGUAUAAAGGAACAGGGAAAACCAAAGGCUGAUGUACAAGAUUU